CCGCUUUCCAACUUGGACUUUUGGCAGACGCGCUAUGUCUCUAGCUUGACUGAACGCCAUGCAGGCCAUUAUUUUCAAUUGCUUAUAUCACUAGCCUAGGCUAAGCGACUAAUCCUUAAUUUCACCCUAACAAAGCGUUAUUCCAUCUCAGAAUUCAUCCCUGUUUGUGACAUUGGAUCUUCUGUUCAUCCAAUCUCUUUGCUCUUCUUCCCCUCCUAUCGACUUUUUGAGGUGAACAUAGAAAAGUCUGCGCCUACGUUGAGCAUGGACGACCCUCCCGUUUCUUCCGAUGCUGCUUUGGAAGAGCAACAUAUUGUGAAAGCGGAUGAAGUCGACCAGACAGGAACAGACAUCAGCACCGUAUCCGAUGACCAACUACUGGAAGAGGUUGCCGAAGGGCUACGCCAGGAGCAGCAAGACUUCCCAGCCGCAUCCACCACCAUAGAAGACGCUCGAAGGGGGCCUGAGAAGGUACCCCGUCGCCCAGAGCUACGCCGCGACUCUUCCGCUCCGCCGCCACCUCUCCAGCCUCCACCGCCUGCUCCAGGGCAACAAUAUCAGCACAAAUUAUCCGACUCGCUGAGUCUCGCUCAACUGAGACAGCUGGUCCAGGAGAUGCCCAAGGUUGAGCAACCUGCGUACGCAUUCGAAUAUGCUGACUCCCAACCGUUUGUAGAGGAGAUUGAAGAGUGGUUCCAGUACAAUGAGUACGACCGAGCCAUGUUGGUCGGGAUGAAGUGGUCCUUUGAGCACAAGUGGCACACCUUCUGUGAGGAUCGCUCGGUAGACCCUUCGCAGCAGAGUUGGCUUAACGCCCCCAGGGACCUGCAGAAAGCGUUCAUGGGCCAUAUCAUCGACGGCCUAGGCGAAAGCACAGGCCUGGUGCGCUUCGAGGCUUCGGAGGCUCUUUGCUAUGCUAUGACGGGUAUCUGGGGCGUCACUGCUGGGAAAGCUGCGCCCGAUUAUCCCGAAGGCGUCUCUUUUCCUGGCGCCGAAAUCCCGGAGAACAAGUCAUUGCAGGUUAAAUGGAUCGAGAAUAGCGUCCAUCUCUUUCAUGAGUGCGGAGGUGUUCAGGCACUGAUGAACUGCUUAUGCCGAGUCUUUGAACGACACCGAGGCUCGUCCACCCAAGGACAGGAGGGAUUUGGGCCUGAUGCUGGCAAUUCAGCGUACAUGGAACGGGAGGCGAACUUGCUCCUAACGCCAUUGUAUCUGAUUGUGGAAGUCGGUCGGCGGCAGGAAAUUCUGGAACCGAAGAAUGCAUCACUACGGGGCACUCUCAUGCAAUUGGAACCUCAUUUGCUGGUAUUCCUGGUUGAGAUUAUUGCAAGGUUGCGCUGGGAUGACUCAGCCAAUAUCCCUCUGACUCGGAUCAUCCUUCUGUUUUGGAAGACUUUGCUCUUAUUCUUUGGAGGCAGUAGCAGAUUGAAAGAGGCUAAGAAGGCACUAGAGCCCGCCUUUGAGGCAAGAGAGCAUGCUUCACCGCGCAGAACCCCUUUCCUCACUGCCUCGCCCCUCGAUUAUCACAACUUUAGGCAAGAGAUCACGUCUAAAUAUCCAGCCUAUAACCCCCCACCCCCAGUCGUGCCCUUGGAACUGGAAAAUAACUCGAUCCUACCCCCUCUUCCUCAGCAUCCGAGCCGAAUCAACACUUCCAAUGGUCCAUUCUCCGGCGUGGGACCCUCCAUAGCGGGAGGUAGCGGUUCAAUUAUCCAUCAGUCCGUUCACAUCGCAACGCCAGCACCCUCACCACCACCAUCUCCAAUUGGGCCUGGUGGUAAGGCAGGAAAGAAACAGAACUACCAGACCAAUCAAAACUUCCCAUUCAUGUACCCUCCUCUCGAUGAUUCGAGCAAUGACCUCGGCGGAAAAGGGACGACUGAGCUGCAAGACGUUCUUGUGGGCAAGAAGUGGGAGGGCAGUGAUGUUCCCGCCUCCAUCAUCGAGGCUGGAAAGCUGUUUUCAACGCACGUCAAAACGACUCGGGCGAUGCAGCAACUUUGGGAGGAAAGAGAGCGCUUCAUGAAAUACGAUCGUGGCUGGUGCCCGAACGAGUACAAUACGACAUCAACAGAGGAGGUGGGAGAAAUUGCGGGCGAUAUGGGGAAUCUGGGACUCGAUCCAAGAGGGGGAAAAUCGAGCGUUGACCAUACUGCGGAACAAGAAACAGAGAAUCAGGACAUACAACAACGCCUGGAUGCUGUUGAGUCAUUCUACAGACAAUCACUUGUGCAUUUGCAGUCGUUGACGAUUGUCUUCCUGAAGAUAAUUUUGACAAACGUCAGUGCUAUGGUCAAUCAGGCCAAUGGACAGAAUGGACAAGGCACGGGAGACAACUAUAGUCAGGCGAAUGGAUAUCCAUCUGCCUUGAAUCAUGGCUCUGGAGACCGGAGUAUCGAAGCAGCAAUCGAUGAGUUGGACAAUGUCCGGCUCCGAGAAAUCACGUCUAAAGCGAUAUCAGGGUCUUUCCUGCUGCUGCUCAAGUGGUUCAAGCGAUCUCACAUACUCAAAUUCGAGUAUAUGACGCAGCUCCUUCUAGACUCCAACUAUCUACCACUGAUUCUCAAGAUGUUCGCUCAUCAGGAUGUUGACCAAGCUGUUGCACAGAAGAAUGACCGGGAGGAGCUGGGCUUCUUCCAUUUUUGCCAUCUCAAGUCCGACCACCCGCCAGCCGACUUGGAUGACGAAUCACUCCCCAGCGAGGACGAAGCCAUUCCUCCGCCCAUUACCCGCCAACGCCAGGACACGACCGGCCACUCUUCCGUACGAGGACUGUCGCCUGACUCCCUGCUUCCCGAGUUCGUAGAGGGAACUCACCGUCCAGAAGUGGAUGAGCUAGGAUACCCGAUCGCGCCGCCGCCUAAGGAGCCGAUUACCGAGUUCUCGUUCCGCAACUUCUUCUCGGCGAUCAACUACCUACACAUCAUGCAGAAGAUCACUCGCGACAAGGCUCAUCGAUGUCUCUUGCUUGUGCAGUACAAGUCUAGCACCAUUCUCCGGAAGGGGCUCAAGAUCCCCGACCCUCACCUGCGCUUCUACACGCUCAAGCUCUACAAGUCGCAAGUACCGUUCUGCGGGCGCAAGUGGCGUCAGAGCAACAUGCGCGUGAUCACCGCCAUCUACCUCUACUGUCGGCCGGAGUUACGGGAUGAUUGGCUCUCGGGCGCAGACAUUGACGCGGAGGUCGAAGAGGCGUUGCCGCUCGAACAAGCGCUACGCGGACUCACCCACUGGUGGCACCUCCGACAGUACAGAGAUGUGAUGGGCGGCGAAGAGGGUGCCUCUCUCAUGGAGGAAGAGCGGGACUUUUUCACCAGAGAGCUCGAGGCAAUGGGGUGGGGUAUGGCUGUCGACGAGGCAUUCCAUGGCAGUAGCGAAGAGGCAGAGUUGGCGGCAGCAGCCGCUGGCGGUGGGCCUAUGGUGAACGGGACGGAGUGGGAUGGAGCUCCGCUGCAGAUGGAAUCUGGGUGGUGAUAUAGAAAUUCAUUUUAGAAAUAAG